CAAGGACCACGGCAAAGACUACGACAAAGGUCACAGCAAAAAUCACAGCAAAAAUCACGGCAAAGAUCACAACAAGGACCAUAGCAAAGCUAUAACAAAAGGCAACAUAAUUAUAACAAUAUUUAAUAACCAUGAAUUAAUGCUUCCUAGCGAUAACUAUGAGGCACAACCAAUAAUCCAGCCUAAUAAUAACAAUGAAGUGCAAUUAGUAAUUCAACCUAGCAAUAACGAUGAAGCCCAACCAUAUAAUGGCGAAAUAAUACAGUUUGAUAAUGAUAUACAAUCAGAAAAUGGUAUUGAAAUGAUAUAUUUAGAAGACCAAACUACCAUAUCUACAAAAUAUAGUACUCAACUUAUUGCGACGUAUCCUAAUACAGCUCAUUACCUCAAUUAUGAGCUCUAUCCUAGUAAAGAAAGUCUUUGCAAACUUGCUGCUAUACUAGAUCUUUGGCUUUGUGAUAAGACACAAUAUGUUAACUAUAAUGAGUGGUACCAUGCUAAUGCAAGUGUGCAGUUGAGUGGCGCUUCUGCAGAAUGUUUUCCCGAAAUUGACUGUAUUCUCAACGAAUACCUUACUGAAGAAAUGCUUUCCUGA